GGGGGAUGCUGCGCUCUCUGCCUUUGGACUGAAGCCCCUCAUUGCCCUGCAGUUGGGAAAGCAGGGCGCAUCGGAAGGGCCUGGAGCCGGGUUGUCGAGACCCAGCCGGCAGCGAGGGACCAUCCCCUUUCUCUCUCUCUCACUCGCUCGGACCCUCUCCAGGCACCUUUCUUUUCAUUUUCCCCACUCCCCGCUUUGGCACACCGGAUCGGAUGGAUCUCUAGAGAAGACGGCGCGGCGCCUUUGGGAAUAUAAGUGGCGCGGAGGAGGCGACGGCGGGCCAGGAGAGCGAGCGAGCAGCGCGCAGGGGGCCAAGGCGCCCCGGAGGUUGGGCAGGGGGGCGCGCGCGUCGAGGUUUUUUUUUGGCACGCUCGGCGGUAGAGGCACCCCUCUCCAUGGAGACGAGGCGGACAUGGUCCACAAGGUGGAAAACGAAACGGUGGUUCUGGGACUCCGCUUGGCCCGCGCUACUUGUCGCUUGGAUGCUCCUGCUGGAGGCGGCGGAGGUCAGGGGAGCUGAACCAGUUGACGUGCUCAAAGCAUUAGAGUUUCACAAUUCACCAGAAGGAAUAUCAAAAACAGCAGGAAUUUGCAUAAACAGAAGGAAUUCCAAAGGAUCAGAUGUUGCCUACAGAGUUUCAAAAAAUGCACAACUCAGUGCUCCAACCAAACAAUUAUACCCAGGUGGAAACUUCCCUGAAGACUUUUCGAUACUAUUUACAGUGAAACCUAAAAAAGGGAUCCAGUCCUUUCUUUUUUCUGUCUACAAUGAACAAGGCAUCCAGCAAGUUGGUGUUGAGGUGGGCAGGUCGCCUGUCUUCCUGUAUGAGGAUCAAAAUGGGAAGCCUGCGCCGGAAGAUUAUCCCCUCUUCAGAACCGUCAACAUUGCUGAUGGAAAGUGGCAUCGGGUAGCUAUUAGUGUGGAGAAGAAAUCCGUCACCCUGAUUGUGGACUGUAAGAAGCAAACCAAGAAACCACUUGGCAGGAGUGACCGAGCAAUUGUGGACACCAAUGGCAUCACCGUCUUUGGAACAAGGAUUCUGGAUGAGGAAGUUUUUGAGGGUGAUAUUCAGCAGCUGUUGAUUGUCGGCGAUCCCAGAGCAGCCUAUGACUAUUGUGAACAUUAUAGCCCAGACUGCGGUUCCCCUGUGCCCAAUGCUCCUCAAGCUCAGGAACCUCAGGUUGAUGAGUAUGGAACUGAAGAUUUAAUUGAAUAUGACUAUGACUAUGGAGAUCCAGAUUAUAAAGAUUAUAAAGACCUUGACCCUGUAACAGAGGGACCCCCACUGUACGACGAGAUUGUCACACAGACUGAGGCCAACAUUGUUGAUGAAUAUAAUGAAUAUAAUGUGGCUGAAACGGACUAUGGGACCUCUGAGGGCUAUCAGACUGAGACUCCGAGCCGAACGACGGCACCAAAUGAGCAAAAUCCUGUUGAAGAAGUAUUUGCUGAAGAAUACGUAACAGGAGAGGAGUAUAACUCUGAGACUAAAAAAACUGAGGAAACAGAUUAUGGAAACAGAGGAGUAGACCACAGUGAAUCUGAAGUUGUGGUAGAUGGAGAAGUAGGCGAAUAUGAUUUUUAUGAAUAUAAAGAAUACGAAGAGAAGCCAACCAACCCUACUAACGAGGAGUUUGGGCCUGGUGUUCCAGCAGAGACUGAUAUCACAGAAACAAGCGUGAAUGGCCAUGGAGCCUAUGGGGAAAAAGGACAGAAGGGCGAAGCAGCUGUGAUUGAACCUGGGAUGCUUAUUGAAGGACCACCAGGACCUCCAGGGCCUCCGGGUCUUAUGGGUCCCUCAGGUACACAAGGCCCCACUGGACCUCCGGGUGACCCAGGUGAUAGGGGCCCACCUGGACGUCCUGGUCUCCCAGGAGCUGAUGGUUUAUCUGGAACUCCAGGUACCAUGUUAAUGUUACCGUUCCGCUUUGGUGGCGGCGGCGGUGACAAAGGCCCAGCCAUCUCGGCACAGGAAGCUCAAGCACAAGCUAUACUUCAGCAAGCCAGGAUUGCCAUGAGGGGACCCCCAGGCCCUAUGGGACUCACUGGAAGACCAGGUCCUGUGGGUGGUCCUGGUGGUUCAGGAGCCAAAGGUGACGGUGGAGACCCAGGUCCUCAGGGUCCUCGGGGUAUUCAAGGUCCAGCUGGCUUGCCUGGAAAACCUGGCAAAAGGGGUCGUCCAGGUGCAGAUGGAGCCAGAGGGAUGCCAGGGGAACCUGGUUCCAAGGGUGACAGAGGUUUUGAUGGCCUUCCUGGUCUACCUGGUGAAAAAGGUCACAGGGGAGAUCGUGGGCCACAAGGUUCUCCUGGUUCUCCCGGUGAAGAUGGAAUGAGAGGAGAAGAUGGCGAAAUUGGACCAAGAGGUCUCCCAGGUGAAGCUGGUCCACGAGGGUUACUGGGACCAAGAGGAACGCCCGGUCCACCAGGACAACCCGGAAUCGCAGGUAUUGAUGGCCCACAAGGACCAAAAGGAAACUUGGGCCCUCAAGGUGAACCAGGACCCCCUGGCCAACAAGGAAUCACAGGUCCACAAGGGCUUCCAGGUCCACAAGGCCCAAUUGGCGUUCCUGGCGAAAAAGGACCUCCGGGCAAGCCUGGCCUUGCAGGACUUGCGGGUGCUGAUGGCCCUCCCGGUCACCCAGGCAAAGAAGGACAGUCGGGAGAGAAAGGUUCCUUGGGGCCUCCAGGUCCUCAAGGUCCAAUUGGGUAUCCCGGCCCCCGUGGAGUAAAGGGCGCCGACGGUGUUCGCGGUCUCAAAGGUGGCAAAGGUGAAAAGGGUGAAGAUGGUUUCCCUGGAUUUAAAGGUGACAUGGGCCUUAAAGGUGACAGAGGUGAAGUUGGCCCUCUUGGUCCACGAGGAGAAGAUGGCCCUGAAGGUCCCAAAGGCCGUUCUGGCCCAACAGGAGACCCAGGUGGGGCUGGUCAAGCUGGAGAAAAGGGUAAACUUGGUGUUCCCGGACUACCAGGAUAUCCAGGAAGACAAGGUCCAAAGGGCUCAACUGGGUUCCCUGGAUUUCCGGGUUCCAACGGAGAGAAAGGCGCAAGGGGCUUGCACGGAAAACCUGGCCCAAGGGGACAGCGAGGACCAACUGGACCACGUGGGUCAAGAGGCCCAAGAGGCCCAACUGGGAAACCUGGCCCCAAGGGCACGGCUGGCAAUGACGGACCCCCUGGCCCACCAGGUGAAAGGGGCCCACAAGGACCCCAGGGGCCUGUUGGAUUUCCUGGACCAAAAGGUCCCCCUGGUCCACCAGGGAAGGAUGGCUUGCCCGGACACCCAGGGCAGAGGGGUGAAACGGGUUUCCAAGGCAAGACUGGCCCCCCGGGUCCUGGUGGAGUGGUUGGACCUCAGGGCCCCACUGGCGAGACUGGCCCAAUAGGUGAGAGAGGUCAUCCUGGUCCUCCGGGCCCACCAGGUGAACAAGGUCUUCCAGGUGCUGCUGGGAAAGAAGGUGCUAAGGGUGAUCCAGGUCCUCAAGGCAUCUCUGGAAAAGAUGGCCCUCCGGGACUCCGUGGUUUCCCAGGCGAAAGAGGCCUGCCAGGAGCUCAGGGUGGAGCUGGUCUGAAAGGAGGAGAAGGUCCACAAGGUCCACCGGGUCCCCUGGGCUCACCUGGUGAACGUGGUCCGGCAGGUACCGCUGGCCCAAUUGGUUUGCCGGGACGUCCUGGCCCCCAGGGUCCUCCUGGGCCAGCGGGAGAAAAGGGAGCUCCGGGUGAAAAAGGUCCCCAAGGCCCAGCCGGACGUGAUGGAGUACAAGGGCCUGUAGGCCUUCCUGGCCCUGCUGGUCCAGCUGGUUCUCCUGGAGAAGAUGGUGACAAGGGUGAAAUUGGAGAACCAGGUCAGAAAGGGAGUAAAGGUGACAAAGGAGAAAAUGGUCCUCCCGGACCACCAGGUCUUCAAGGUCCCGUCGGAGCUCCUGGUAUAGCUGGGGGUGAUGGAGAACCUGGUCCAAGAGGACAGCAAGGGAUGUUUGGGCAGAAAGGCGAUGAAGGCCCACGAGGCUUCCCUGGUCCUCCAGGUCCCAUUGGUCUUCAGGGUCUUCCUGGCCCACCAGGGGAAAAAGGUGAAAAUGGUGACGUUGGUCCAAUGGGUCCCCCUGGUCCCCCUGGCCCAAGAGGUCCGCAGGGUCCAAGUGGAGCUGAUGGUCCUCAAGGUCCACCAGGAUCUGUUGGCUCCGUUGGAGGUGUUGGUGACAAAGGUGAACCUGGGGAAGCUGGUAACCCUGGCCCUCCUGGAGAAGCUGGAACAGGGGGUCCAAAAGGGGAAAGGGGUGAAAAGGGUGAGGCUGGACCACCAGGGGCAGCUGGACCAGCAGGCAUUAAAGGACCUCCAGGUGAUGAUGGACCCAAGGGUAACCCAGGUCCUGUUGGCUUUCCUGGUGACCCUGGCCCCCCUGGUGAACCUGGGCCUGCUGGGACUGAUGGUACAGGAGGGGAGAAAGGUGAAGAUGGCGACCCAGGCCAACCCGGUCCACCAGGUCCUUCAGGUGAAGCAGGACCCCCUGGCCCUCCUGGGAAGAGAGGACCUCCAGGAGCAGCCGGUGCUGAAGGAAGGCAGGGUGAAAAAGGAGCAAAGGGGGAACCUGGUUCAGAAGGUGCUCCAGGAAAAACGGGCCCAGUUGGACCUCAAGGUCCUUCCGGGAAACCUGGUCCAGAAGGUCUUCGGGGUAUUCCUGGCCCCGUGGGAGAACAAGGUCUACCUGGAGCACCGGGUCAAAAUGGUCCACCAGGUCCCAUGGGUCCACCUGGCUUGCCUGGCUUGAAAGGAGAUCCAGGUUCCAAGGGUGAAAAGGGGCAUCCUGGUUUGAUUGGUCUGAUCGGACCUCCGGGAGAACAGGGAGAAAAGGGUGACAGGGGUCUGCCGGGCCCCCAGGGAUCCACUGGAGCAAAAGGAGAUGGAGGAAUUCCUGGUUCUGCUGGCCCACUUGGUCCUCCUGGUCCACCUGGCUUACCUGGACCCCAAGGACCCAAAGGCUCUAAAGGUUCAACGGGUCCUGGUGGUCAGAAGGGUGAUGGCGGUUUACCUGGGCCCCCUGGGCCCCCUGGCCCUCCAGGUGAGGUGAUUCAACCUUUGCCGAUCCAGUCACCCAAAAAGACCAGAAGAUCUUCAGAUCCCAUGAUGUCCGAUGCAGCCGACAGCAUCCUGGAUUACACCGACGGCAUGGAGGAAAUCUUUGGCUCACUUAACUCUCUGAAGCAGGACAUUGAGCACAUGAAAUACCCAAUGGGGACUCAGAACAACCCCGCCCGAACAUGCAAGGAUCUCCAGCUCUGUCACCCAGACUUCCCAGAUGGAGAGUAUUGGAUUGAUCCUAACCAGGGUUGUUCCGGGGACUCUUUCAAAGUGUACUGUAAUUUCACAGCAGGAGGAGAAACUUGUAUAUAUCCAGAUAAGAAGUCGGAAGGAGUAAGGAUUUCAUCCUGGCCCAAGGAGAAUCCAGGAACCUGGUUUAGUGAAUUUAAGAGAGGCAAGCUGCUCUCCUAUGUGGAUGCUGAAGGCAAUUCCCUUAAUAUGGUCCAAAUGACAUUCCUUAAACUACUGAGUGCCUCUGCCCGGCAGAACUUCACUUACAACUGCCACCAGUCAGUAGCAUGGCAUGACGUGUCUUCCGACAGCUAUGACAAAGCACUGAGGUUCUUAGGCUCAAACGAUGAAGAGAUGUCUUAUGACAACAAUCCUUACAUCAAAGUUCUUCACGAUGGCUGUGCGACACGAAAAGGCUAUGCAAAAACUGUUCUUCAAAUUGAUACUCCCAAAAUUGACCAAGUGCCUAUUUUUGAUGUGAUGAUCAAUGACUUUGGUGAUCAGAAUCAGAAGUUUGGAUUUGAAAUUGGCCCCGUCUGUUUCCUUGGUUAAGCUUAGAAACAAAGAGAAGAUCGUCAACAAAGAAAAAAAAUGCACCUUGGUGCUACCCACCAACCCCACUUGAUGCCACAUGCAAGUUUUGAAUAAGAAUGGAAUAGAAAAACAUGUCUCACCAUGUGUUGUCUUCUCUAGAGAACACCUGUUGCCUCAGUAGGUCCAGAAUCACAUGACUUAAACUUGUUUGGCCCAUUAUGAAGGAUCCUGGGGCAGAGACAGACAACGUGGGGUAAAUUAUCUGAAAAUCCUCCGCCAUUGCAUUUCCGCCCCAACCCACCUGCCCCUCCCUUGAUAUUUUGGUGCUGUAAAAUUGAAUGUCGUGGUGCUCCUUCCAUUACAACAUAAGAGGUGCUAAGAAGGUAUGUUUAAUAAACUGUAAUUAUUCUAUGUACAGUACAACGCUGUCCGUUCUGUGUCCAUUUCCAAAACUUGCAUGUGUCCCUGAAUCGCAACUGGCUCUCCUGUUAUAAUGAUUUCAAAAUUAUGUUGUCAAUACUGCGUAUGUAUUA